AUGCUGUCUCCCCUCGCCGCUGAGAAGAAGCCCUCCACCGGUGGCAAGGCCCCCGUUGGUGGCAAGGCCCCUGCUGAGAAGAAGGAGGCUGGCAAGAAGACUGCCACCGCUGCCACUGGCGAGAAGAAGAAGCGCGGCAAGACCCGCAAGGAGACCUACUCUUCUUACAUCUACAAGGUCCUCAAGCAGGUCCACCCUGACACUGGUAUCUCUACUCGUGCCAUGUCCAUCUUGAACUCCUUCGUGAACGACAUUUUCGAGCGUGUCGCUACCGAGGCCUCCAAGCUGGCUGCGUACAACAAGAAGUCCACCAUCUCCUCCCGGGAGAUCCAGACCUCUGUUCGUCUCAUCCUCCCCGGUGAGCUGGCCAAGCACGCCGUCUCUGAGGGCACCAAGGCUGUUACCAAGUACUCUUCUUCCGCCAAAUAA